GCGGCGAAAUUGGCCGAUAAGCGAGGUUGUGUACGUUUGACGAGCCGCAGAGGACAGAACGUUCCGAUCAAAGCGCAGAGGAUCGUCGCUGCUGUGUGCGUGUAUCCGAGGUCUCACGUGGAAUUCCGGUGAAUCCCCGCUUAUCAAGAUUCUGCGGCACACGCUUGGCGCGAUCAGGAGGAUGACGACGGCGGUCAACAAGGAGGAAGCGCGGAAGCGGCUGACACCGCUGCAGUGGCACGUGACGCAGGAGAAGGGCACGGAGAGGCCGUUUACCGGUUGCUACAACAAGUUCUACGAGAAGGGGACGUACACCUGCAUCGUGUGCGAUCAGGAAUUGUUCUCCUCGGACACCAAGUACGACAGCGGAUGCGGCUGGCCCGCGUUCAACGAGGUUCUGGAUCAGGGACGCAUCAAACUUACCAAAGACACCACUCACGUUAACAUUGAAACGUUGCACAACGUAGUGCGCGGGUACAUUGAAAUCUAUUUGAAGUAAUCCUUUCGAAGAUCUUGGACUUAGAGACGUGCGAAUCAAUUAAGAUUUUUCGAGGCCGAUCAAAUCAAAUCGAAUUGAACCGAAACUUUACCCGAAUCGAAUUAUUGAAACGUAAUUUUUAACUAACACACAAUCACGUUGAAUUUUAAAUAAUUUUAUAUAAAUAUAAAAAGAUUUCUAUAUAAGAAAUAUAAUAUUGUUUAUAUGAUAUAAGGUUACUUUAAAUAUGAUUUUAUAAGACAGCCAAUGUCGAUUUUUAUUCGAAACUAUAGAUUCAAAUUCUUAUUUUACCUGAUUCGAUUCCUAUUCGCAUAUCUCUAUCUUAAUUAUCGUUAGACAUAACUGUAUCUCGUGAACGAGUCUCCGUUUCCAACACGUUGUACCUGCUUACUAUUAACAAGAUCAUAAUCGCAACGUGUAUCAUAAUUAUUACACUUGCGUAACAGCUGAACCUAUCCUGGUCACAUUUCACUCUUCACUUUCUGCACCUGUUCAAAGUAGAAGUCUCUUUCGGUUUCUCAUAAAAUUAAAUCAUUUGCCAUGAAAUUGAAUUCCAUGAAUUAUCCAUGAAGCGAAAAAGUCACGAUUAUAAUUACAUAUUCACUUGUUCCUUGUGCCUCUUCUAUUUAUUGUAGAAAUUUUUUUGUACAUAAGUUUUGUAUAAAGUAGAUUUUUUUUCUUAAUAAGAAAAACAGACUCUAUAUUCGUUUGUACAUAUAAAUUUUUUCUACAUUAGACAUUCCUGUUCUCCCCAGUACCUGCAUGUACUCGCUUAGAGUGUGAUUGUGUUAGACUUACAUCACUCUUUUGUAUCAAACUAAUACGCCAGUCGUACAUUAUGAAAUAUUGAAAACAUGACCAAUAAGAUAGACAAAAAAAUAUCUGCUCAGUGCUGUUUAUGAGUACAAAGUUCUCAUCGUAACACAUCUUUGCAGUUUGGUAAUAAUCAAAUAAUAUUUUGUCUCUAGUUGCAAAUAUCUAAUGCGUACAAAUAUCAUUUUUACAGGCACAUCUUCGAUGCAAAUAAAGUUUUCUUGCUUUUAGAUUGUCAUAAUUGUGCUAGUUGAGAUUAUAUUUAAUCGUUUGCAAGUGUGUUUUUGUACUCACAGCUAAAAAUGCAAACUUACAAAAUAUUUUCAUAAGUGAAUAUCCGAUAAAAACGAAUAGACUUUAUAAAGUAUUUAUCAAAAUAUUUAAUUCAACAAAAUAUAAAAAAUUAUAUUAGAAUGCGAUACGUGUGAUUGCAUAAUUUUCAAUGUUGUUAAGUAAGCAUACAAUUGAAUUGGAAGCGAUGAUUAAUUCAAAAGGGCAAAAGUCAGACGUAAAAAUGUAUAUGUAUAUUAAACAAUACCGUUUCAUAUAUGUACGCAUUUUUUCAUCGUUAUUUUCUUUUCGUAUCAUGUGAAUGUUAGAUGUCCCCUCUUUCACGAUCGGAUAUCUAUCUUUAGCUCGAUUCUCUCCUCGAUUUAAUAUCUCUUUUAGAUCGCUUCUGUUGCCUCUUGAAAACUGUAUGUCUCGCGAAAAAAAAGGAUGUCGGUCUGCGUCUAAUCACACUCUAUUGUUCUUUCUCCUCUCGCCCUCCUUGAUCAAAAAUCCCCGGCUACUACCAACACCGAACCAUUCUUCACUCUCAUCACUGAAAAA